ACCUCGAUGCGGAACGUGCAACUCCACCGCGAAAGAUUCGUCACCGGUUUUUAUCAAGCUCAACGAAGUGAUACCCAAAGUGUUCCCUCCACCACUCUUCUCUUUGCCUCCCUUGUCUUGGGCUUCUCGUUCGUUGCGAUAACACGCGGAUACGUACGCUUUGGACAGAUUCGCAACGAUCGACUUCGAGGGUGGUGGGCCGAAGUAUCUCGAACAUUUCAUUUGGUGUACAUUGGUAGAAGAGCUGUAGAGGGUGACGCCAACAGAGAGGCAGGCGACGAGCAGAAUUCGACAGAGGGUGUGAACAAACACGAGAAGUCGACCAUGUCGGAAAAUCCAGUGAGCUUCGUCGUCGGGGAGCCCGAGAAUGAUCCCACCGAGCAAUUGGAGGUGGAGGAUAUCUUCCCGUCCGAGGGAAACGAUAACAGCUCAUCCCAGUUGCAGCUGAAUAUGAUGCCAGGCCUGCUCGAACGCCGCAAGCGGCUCAGGCCCAGCAUGUCGCAGGGCACGGUGAUGAUUCAGACGCAAAGUCGGCUCCACGAGAAGGACUUCACUGUUGCUACACCUGAGGAAUUCGUUCAUCGUUUCGGCGGUACCAGAGUUAUCAACAAGGUGUUGAUCGCGAACAACGGAAUUGCAGCGGUAAAAUGUAUGCGUUCGAUACGACGAUGGUCCUACGAGAUGUUCAAGAGCGAACGCGCUGUGCGGUUCGUCGUGAUGGUCACCCCGGAAGAUUUGAAGGCGAACGCGGAAUACAUCAAAAUGGCAGAUCAGUACGUGCCUGUACCCGGUGGAUCCAACAAUAACAAUUAUGCAAACGUCGAGCUGAUCGUGGACAUCGCGAUACGGACACAGGUCCAGGCGGUAUGGGCUGGAUGGGGUCACGCGUCGGAAAAUCCAAAAUUGCCAGAAUUGCUUCAUAAGAACAAUAUUUCCUUCAUUGGACCGUCUGAGAGGGCUAUGUGGGCCCUUGGAGAUAAAAUCGCGUCCAGUAUAGUUGCACAGACUGCGGAAGUACCGACUCUUCCUUGGUCAGGUGCUGAACUGAAGGCCGAGUACAGCGGAAAGAAGAUAAAGAUUUCUUCGGAACUGUUUAAGAAGGGAUGCGUUUCCACUGCGGAGGAAUGUUUGGCUGCUGCUAAUAAAAUUGGCUUCCCCGUGAUGGUGAAGGCCAGCGAGGGAGGUGGUGGUAAAGGUAUCAGAAAAGUUGAAAAUGCUGAAGAAUUGCCUUCGUUGUUUAGGCAGGUACAAACUGAGAUACCUGGAUCUCCGAUAUUCAUCAUGAAAUUGGCAAAAUGUGCCCGUCACUUGGAAGUUCAAUUAUUGGCCGAUAAUUACGGAAACGCGAUAUCGUUGUUCGGUCGUGAUUGCUCCAUUCAGAGGAGACAUCAGAAGAUCAUCGAAGAGGCACCUGCAGUGAUUGCCAAGCCUGAAGUUUUCGAAGAGAUGGAAAAAGCUGCUGUAAGAUUGGCGAAAAUGGUUGGAUAUGUCAGCGCUGGUACUGUCGAAUACCUUUACGACACUUCUGGACGAUACUACUUUCUAGAGUUAAAUCCACGUCUUCAAGUGGAGCAUCCGUGUACCGAGAUGGUAUCCGAUGUCAAUUUACCAGCGGCUCAGCUUCAAAUUGCCAUGGGGUUGCCGCUUCACCAUAUUAAAGAUAUUCGUCUUCUCUAUGGUGAAAGUCCAUGGGGAGAUAGCGUGAUUGAUUUCGAUCAGCCGCGACACAAACCUCAGCCAUGGGGUCAUGUUAUAGCAGCGAGAAUUACUAGUGAAAAUCCUGACGAAGGUUUCAAGCCAAGUUCAGGUACUGUGCAAGAGUUGAACUUCCGAUCCUCGAAGAAUGUUUGGGGUUAUUUCUCGGUAGGGGCUUCUGGAGGCCUCCACGAAUUUGCAGACUCACAAUUCGGUCAUUGUUUCUCAUGGGGCGAGGAUCGUAAUCAGGCUAGAGAGAAUUUGGUCAUAGCUCUGAAAGAGUUGAGCAUUAGGGGUGAUUUCAGAACCACCGUAGAAUAUUUGAUCACGUUAUUGGAAACUGAAUCGUUCCAACAAAACAACAUAGACACUGCUUGGCUCGAUUUGUUGAUCUCUGAACGGGUUAAGAGCGAUAAACCGGACGUAUUGUUAGCUGUAACGUGUGGCGCGCUUCAUAUCGCUGACAGGACCAUCACUGCCGCCUUUACUGGCUUCCAAACGGGUUUGGAGAAGGGACAAAUACAAGCCAGUAAUGACUUGGACAAUGUUAUUGCCGUUGAACUCAUCAAUGACGGAUAUAAAUAUAAAUUAUUGGCUGCCAAGGCAGGCCCUAAUAGUUAUUUCCUCGUUAUGAAUGGUUCCUAUAAAGAAAUGGAGGUACACCGACUGUCAGAUGGAGGAUUACUGCUCUCUUUAGAUGGCGCAAGUUUCACGACUUACAUGAGGGAAGAAGUCGAUCGCUACAGAAUUAUCAUUGGAAAUCAAACUUGCGUCUUUGACAAAGACAAUGACCCCUCUUUGUUAAGGUCACCAUCAGCUGGAAAAUUAAUCAGUUUUUUGGUCGAAGAUGGUGGUCACGUUAAUGCCGGACAAGCCUAUGCAGAAAUCGAAGUCAUGAAAAUGGUAAUGACGGUAACCGCGAGCGAAGCCGGUAGCGUCUCUUACGUUAAAAGGCCAGGUGCCAUUCUCGAGGCUGGUACUUUGAUCGCUCAUUUAGAACUGGACGAUCCAUCCUUGGUAACGAAGGCCCAAGAGUACACUGGUCAAUUCCCAGAAGACGCGGUUCAAGUAGUUUCUGAAAAACUGAACCAUCUUCAUGCCAAAUAUAGAACCGCUUUGGAGAACACUCUGGGAGGUUAUUGCUUGCCAGAUCCAUACCACUUGCCUCGAGUACGAGAACUUAUUGAGAAGUUCAUGAACUCUCUUCGUGACCCAAGCUUACCCUUGCUUGAACUUCAAGAGGUUAUCGCAACGAUAUCCGGAAGAAUUCCAAUUUCUGUAGAGAAAAAGAUCAGAAAAUUGAUGUCACUCUACGAGAGGAAUAUCACAUCUGUUUUAGCUCAAUUUCCUAGUCAACAAAUCGCUGCUGUAAUCGAUGGACACGCUGCAACUCUCUCGAAACGUGCUGAACGAGACGUAUUCUUCUUGACUACUGAAGCCAUAGUGCAAUUAGUGCAAAGGUACAGAAACGGAAUUCGUGGAAGAAUGAAGACCGCUGUUCACGAACUUCUUCGACAAUACUACACCGUUGAGAGCCAGUUCCAGCAAGGGCAUUACGAUAAAUGUGUCUCAGCUUUAAUAGAACAACACAAAGACGACGUGGCUACCGUGACAGCUAUGAUUUUCAGUCAUAAUCAGGUCACGAAAAAGAACGUGUUGGUGACUAUGCUUAUAGACCACCUCUGGGCAAAUGAACCUGGCCUCACCGAUGAGUUGUCAAACACGUUGACAGAAUUGACUAGCUUGAAUCGUACAGAACAUAGCCGCGUAGCGUUACGCGCGAGACAGGUCUUAAUUGCUGCUCACCAACCUGCAUACGAAUUGAGACACAACCAAAUGGAGUCUAUAUUCUUGUCAGCGGUGGACAUGUACGGUCACGACUUCCAUCCAGAGAAUCUUCAGAAACUGAUUCUCUCCGAAACGUCUAUUUUCGACAUUUUACACGAUUUCUUCUACCAUUCUAAUCGCACAGUUUGUAAUGCCGCUUUAGAGGUUUACGUGCGUAGAGCGUAUACCAGUUACGACUUGACCUGUCUGCAACACUUAGAAUUAUCAGGCGAAGUACCGUUGGUACAUUUCCAAUUCUUGUUGCCUAACAAUCAUCCCAAUCGACAGAAUCAGUCUCCAGUCAAUUACAGAGUUGGAGCUAUGGCAGCCUUCCAAGAUAUGGAACAGUUUGUCCACUACUCUGAUGAAGUUCUCGAUCUCCUAGAGGAUCUGUCCUCAGUUUCCUCAGUCUCAGCCAAAGUUCUGGAAGCGGUGGACGCAGCUGGAAGCGAGUCGAGACACAGCACAUCUAUAAACGUGUCACUGAGCACCGCGGAAGCUGGUGUUGCUGUAGAAAUUGGCGAACGACCCACUGAACCGGUACACAUCUUGAGCAUUGCUAUCCAAGAGAAGGAAAAUCUCGAUGAUGUCGCAAUGGCGAAACUGUUUGGAGAUUGGUGUGCCACAAACAAGGAGGAAUUAAUCUCGCGCGGUAUAAGAAGGGUGACGUUCGCUGCAUUGAUAAAAAGACAAUUCCCUAAAUUCUUCACAUUCCGUCAGAGGGACGGUUUCAUCGAAGACAAGAUUUAUCGACAUCUGGAGCCCGGCUGCGCCUUCCAAUUGGAACUGAGCAGAAUGAGAACGUACGAUCUCGAAGCUUUGCCAACCGCGAAUCAAAAGAUGCAUCUGUACCUGGGCAAGGCGAAAGUUGCCAAAGGGCAGCAAGUCACAGACUAUCGUUUCUUUAUUCGUUCCAUUAUCAGACAUUCUGAACUUAUCACGAAGGAGGCCAGUUUCGAUUAUCUUCACAACGAGGGUGAACGUGUUCUAUUGGAGGCCAUGGACGAAUUAGAAGUCGCGUUUUCGCAUCCGCUUGCUAAGCGUACAGAGUGUAACCAUAUCUUCUUGAACUUCAUACCUACGGUCAUCAUGGAUCCAGCAAAAAUAGAGGAAAGUGUGACCAAUAUGGUACUUAGGUAUGGUCCAAGAUUAUGGAAGUUACGAGUACGCCAUGCUGAGAUCAAAAUGAUGAUUCGUCCUGCGCCAGGGAAAACAACGUCCACUAUACGUUUAUGCAUCGCCAACGAUAGUGGAUACAGCAUAGAUCUACAUUUGUAUACAGAAGCAACUGAUCCAAAGACUGGUAUUACUCGUUUCGAGUCUUGUGCUUCUGCAAUGGAAAAGGGCGUCUGGAGAGCAGGACCUAUGCAUGGUCUGUCAAUAUCUACGCCAUAUCUGACCAAAGAUUACUUACAAGCCAAACGGUUCCAAGCACAGAGCGCUGGUACGACUUACGUGUACGAUUUGCCAGAUAUGUUCAGGCAACAAACUGAAAAGCUGUGGCAGACGUACAUAGAAGAGAGGCCAAACGCCGAUAUAACAAUUCCAAAUCCUGUAAUGGAUUGCGUAGAAUUAGUGUUAGAAGGUGACAAUUUGGUGGAACAAAAACGUCUUCCUGGUGAAAAUGACAUUGGUAUGGUCGCUUGGAGAUUCAGACUUUACACACCAGAGUAUCCAGAAUCUGGUCGAGACGUUAUACUGAUUGCCAAUGAUUUAACACAUUUAAUUGGUUCCUUUGGCCCAAAGGAAGAUCUGGUGUUCUGCAGAGCGUCUGAAAGAGCCAGGCAGCUUGGAAUUCCUCGUAUAUACUUCUCUGCGAAUUCUGGAGCUCGAAUUGGACUGGCAGAGGAAGUGAAAGGGCUGUUCAGAAUCGCCUGGGAGGAUGAGAAUGAACCGGAGAAAGGAUUCAAGUACAUCUACCUAACGCCGGAUGAUUAUCUGCGUUUAGCAUCUCUCAACUCAGUGAAAACUUCGUUGAUUGAAGACAAAGGAGAAUCUCGUUACAAAAUAACUGAUAUUAUCGGUAAAGACGAUGGUCUUGGUGUGGAGAAUUUAAAGUACGCCGGUAUGAUCGCAGGAGAAACGUCCAAGGCCUAUGAAGAAAUAGUCACAAUUUCCAUUGUCUCUUGUCGUGCUAUCGGUAUCGGAGCUUAUUUAGUACGUCUUGGCCAGAGGGUCAUUCAAAUAGAGAAUUCUCACAUUAUUUUAACUGGUUACAAGGCGUUGAAUUCCGUAUUAGGACGUGAAGUAUACGCGAGUAACAAUCAGUUGGGUGGUAUACAGAUCAUGCAUAAUAACGGAGUGUCGCAUGCAAUUGAUGACAGAGAUUUAGAGGGUGUUGCAACCGCUUUGAGUUGGUUGAGUUAUUGUCCCAAAUAUAAAGGAGCGCCUCCUCCGAUAUUGCCAUCACCUGACCCAGUUGACAGAGAAAUUAGUUAUGUUCCUACGAAAACAGCCUAUGAUCCAAGGUGGAUGCUCGAGGGUAGAGUGCAGAGUAGUACAAAUUAUUGGGAAAGCGGAUUCUUCGAUCGUGGCUCUUGGCAGGAAAUAAUGAGACCUUGGGCUCAAACUGUGGUAACUGGACGAGCUAGAUUAGGUGGAAUUCCUUGUGGUGUUAUUGCAGUAGAAACAAGGACUGUUGAAUUACAUUUACCAGCCGAUCCUGCUAAUUUGGAUUCAGAGGCUAAAACUAUAUCCCAGGCAGGACAAGUAUGGUUCCCUGAUAGCGCAUACAAAACUGCUCAAGCUAUUAAAGAUUUCGGAAGAGAAGACCUUCCGCUUUUCAUUUUUGCCAAUUGGAGAGGAUUCUCUGGUGGAAUGAAAGAUAUGUACGAACAAAUUGUAAAAUUCGGUGCUUAUAUUGUGGAUGGUUUAAGAGAGUAUACCAAACCAAUAUUUGUAUAUAUUCCACCAAACGGAGAAUUAAGAGGUGGUGCCUGGGCGGUAGUUGAUCCAACGAUAAAUCCUAGAUAUAUGGAAAUGUUUGCUGACAAUGCAAGCAGAGGUGGAGUUUUAGAAGCUAGUGGAAUAGUAGAAAUCAAGUUUAGGACUAAAGAUAUACUUAAGGCUAUGCACAGGGUUGAUGAUGUAAUUCAAAGACUCAAAGAAAAAUUAUCCAACGCAAAUUCGCCGGAAGAACGGACAGAAAUCGAAAGUCAAAUACGUAACAGAGAACAAACUUUAGAACCUAUGUAUCGUCAAGUUGCAGUUCACUUCGCAGAUCUCCAUGAUACACCAGAGAGAAUGUUUGAGAAAAACGCGAUUCAUGAUAUCAUCCCGUGGCGAAAGGCACGCAAACUGCUUUACUGGCGACUUAGAAGAAGACUUUUGGAAGAUGAGAUAAGGGAGGAAAUUCUUUCAACACAAAGAAGUCUGGAUGUUAGACAAGUCGGUGCAAUGUUGCGUAGAUGGUUCAUAGAAGACAAAGGUGCCACAGAAUCCUACUUGUGGGAUCAAGAUGAAGCUGCAACGAAUUGGUUGGAAAGUCAACGCAAAGACGAGAAUAGUGUUGUCUCGCGUAAUAUCACUUGCGUAAAACGGGACGCGGUUGUUUCUCGUAUCAAAGAAGCUCUCGAAGCCUGUCCAGAAGUGAGAUUAAACGCGAUUUUAGAAAUUGCACACAGACUACAGGCAGCAGAACGUGCGGAAUUGCAAAGAACUUUAUCACAGAUAGAAACGACCACCCAGGAACACCACAAUGACUCGAGUGCUUCGUCCUAAUGUUUCUUCAAAUUGAAAAAAAAAUACCCUUGUCUAUCUGCGUACCUGGUGUAUGUAGCCCUGUUAGAAUUAAUUGUACAGACACUCGUUAUUCUUGUUAAUAGCAAAUUGUA